CCCUAACAGUCAUCUGUAUUUUUCUUCUUAUUAAAUCUUUUCAGUGUGUGCAAGAAGCAAAAUAAAGUAAUGCUAAUUUGUGCAUAUUCAGUUUGAAAUACAAAUUAUUCUUAUUAGCAUUUGAGCAAUUUGUCUAAAACUAAAUCCAUUCAUAUAGGAUUUUGCUUCCACAGAGCUCAUGGGAAUCAGUGGUUUCAUUGUUUGUCACUAUGGAAACCAGUCAGCCUAUCCUGAAUCACUAUUAGAUCAUACGGAAUGAUGCACAUAUCUCUGUGUAACUUCAUCAUUCAGCAAGUUGGUUUCAUAUACACUUGCUUCAACAGUGUGAUCAGACCAUAGCAAGGGGGACAAUGCAGGGUUCGCCUAGGAGGCUUUCGGCUGUGAAUUUUCUGAGCACUUUUUUCCAAGGUCGAAGGCACUCUACUUCUGAUCCUUUGCUUCGUUUGCACCAGAGACGGCGGAAUUCAGUUAUAGAAGUGCUUUCUUCAUCUUCUCAUCGGGUUAUGGUGGCUAUAUCUUCUGUCAGCAGUGCAGAGAUAAAUUCAACUUUUCCUGAAAGAAAAAGAAGUUCACGACGUCCAACUCCAAAAUAUACUAAAGUUGGGGAACGUUUGCGACAUGUUAUUCCUGGACAUGUGGCAUGUUCAAUGGCAUGUGGUGGUCGAGCCUGCAAGUAUGAGAAUCCAGCACGCUGGAGUGAGCAGGAACAAGCCAUCAGAGGGAUUUAUUCCUCCUGGGUCACAGAUAACAUACUUGCAAUGGCUCGACCAUCAACUGAGCUAAUUGAAAAGUACAACAUCAUUGAACAGUUUCAAAGCUAUGGCAUAAAAACAAUAAUUAACCUUCAGCGACCUGGAGAGCAUGCAAGCUGUGGGAACACACUAGAACCAGAAAGUGGCUUCACUUACCUUCCUGAAGCUUUCAUGGAAGCUGGCAUUUAUUUCUACAAUUUCGGAUGGAAGGACUAUGGUGUAGCAUCUCUUACGACCAUCUUAGAUAUGGUGAAGGUGAUGACAUUUGCCUUACAGGAAGGGAAAGUAGCUAUUCAUUGUCAUGCUGGGCUUGGUCGAACAGGUGUUUUAAUAGCUUGUUAUUUAGUUUUCGCAACAAGAAUGAGUGCCGAUCAAGCGAUUAUUUUUGUUCGGGCAAAAAGGCCAAAUUCAAUCCAAACAAGAGGCCAGUUAUUAUGUGUAAGGGAGUUCACUCAGUUUUUGAUUCCUCUCCGCAAUGUUUUUUCUUGCUGUGAGCCCAAAGCACAUGCUGUUACUUUAUCACAGUACCUAAUUCGCCAGCGUCAUUUACUUCAUGGUUAUGAAGCUCGACUUCUAAAGCAUGUGCCAAAAAUUAUUCAUCUGGUUUGCAAAUUGCUUUUGGACUUAGCUGAAAACAGACAAGUGGCAAAGGAGGACAUCUUAAAGGUACCUGAUCUCUCUGCUGAAAUUGAAAAGACCGUUUCGGAGAUGGUCACAAUGCAGCUGGAUAAAGAGUUAAUGAGACAUGAGAAUGACGCAUCUCUUCCAUUCACCCCCUCAGCAGUGACAGUAGCUUUUGAGAACCAGGAUGCUGUUUUCUCCAGUGAACAUGAAUUUGAUCCUCUUUGGAAGAGGCGGAAUGUUGAAUGCCUUCAGCCUCUGACUCAUCUGAAAAGACGGCUCAGCUAUAGUGACUCAGACUUAAAACGAGCUGAAUUUCUUUUGGAGCAGGGAGAGACUCCAUGGACAGUGCCUACCCAAGUGCUUCUGUGCUGUAACCUCAAGCAGCAGCAGCAGCAGCAGCAGCACUCAAGCCACACAUGUGUUCAGCCAUCGCCUCUGCUGGACAUUAGUAAAGAAGCUUUGGUCCGCAAUACAUUUUCUUUCUGGAAUCAGCCCAAAUGUAGUGGUUUAGAAGACUCCAGAGAUGAGGGGUCGCCACUCUUCCAUAGGAGAAAGAUUCCAAAGGAAGUCCAGCGGAGUAGAACCUUUUCUUCAGGUUUUUCAGGUGUGCACAACACUGGGGAGUCAGUCAAAGCCAAGGUUGCAAAUACACCCAAGGCACCGGGCAGCCUGCCCCAGAAAGCUGACCACUGUAGGUAUGAGCCUGGCAGUAAUUGGGGACAAGCUCCCAUGGCUUGUGGUGGGAAUUACUGUGUCCCUCAGAGCUGUGACAUAGCUCCUGGGGCAGAACACUUUGUCAGAUCUGAAAGCCAUGAAAGUAAUGGCCCACCACAAGUGAUGCCACUGAACGUCGAAGCACGAAGAGUGUUGGCAGCAAAAGCCCUGGCUAACUUGAAUGGAUUUACAGAAGAGGCAGAAAUGAAACAGAAGGUGGAAAUGUGGCAGAAAGAACUGAAUUCUCGAGAUGGGGCUUGGGAAAAAAUAUGUGGAGAAAGAGAUCCUUUCAUACUGUGUGGCUUGAUGUGGUCCUGGGUAGAGCAACUAAAGGAACCUGUUAUAACCAAAGAGGAUGUCGAUCUGUUAGUCAGCAGCUGUGCUGAAGCCUCAGAAGCACUUUCCUUACUAGAAAAGGGACAACACCAGACUAUUCUUUGUAUCUUGCACUGUGUAGUGAAUUUGCAGACAAUUCCAGAUGAUAUAGAGGAAGCCUUCCUUGCCCAUGCCAUUAAAUCUUUCACCAAGAUUAAUUUUGAUUCUGAAAAUGGACCAGUGGUUUACCAUACCCUGAAAAAAAUAUUUAAGCACGCAUUAGAAGAAAAAAGAAAGAUUACAAAAGAAGGAUCAGAACACACCUCUUAAUGUUUACAGUUCUAUGUUGGGGGUCUUCUGUGGAUCCCAAGAAGGAUCUGUUUAAUCAGCUACUUUUUCUCCCUUCAAUGUUUAUUUUAACUUAAUUUGAAGACCCUGAUAACAUUUAUGUUCAUAUGUGAAUAUGUUGAAAUUCUUAAGAGCUGCUUUUUUGUGGCUUUAUUGUGGCAUUUCAUUUAAAGUGAUAUCCUUUUGUAUUAUGUAUAUUAUUUUGAGGCUAUUUAUUGAUUCUGAAAAAAAUCCAUCCACAAGCUUUAUCUUUGUGUUUGAAUAAUUGCCAUAAAGUCAGUGCCAUUUCCUUUUAUUUAGUGAAUCGAGCUAAUGUCGUUAUGUUAACAUUUGAAGUACAUGAUGUUUACAUUGAUGUUUUUGUUUUACAUUGUGGUAGAUAACCAACUCUACUCUCCAAAGCAAUUGUCUUGAUGACUGAACCCUCUUUGGAGUUCACAAAAUAGAUACUUUAAUAGUAAAACAACACUAUAUAGCCAUUCCUUCCAGACGUACAACUUAAAUAAGUCACCAAGUGUCUUGAAAUGUUAUUUUAUAUCUGUGACUAGAGAUAUUUCUGUUGCAAGAUUUUUAAAGGAUUUUUUUUCAUUUGUUUGAGUUUUUCUCUUUUGUUUUUAAUAUGGCAAAAUAUUUCAGGGUAUAUUUUUCCAAGAUAAGUAAUUUGAUGUUAAAAGAUUGAACGUAAUUUGGUUUGGUAAUUUUGUAUCUGGGAAAAGUAGAUCAGCUUUAUUUGUCAGGACCACAGAUGAACUUUGCAGCACACCAGCCUUUGCCAUCCCAGGAAGGCAGUAUCCAUUCUCAGGACCUAAAGCCUUAUUUCCUCUGUACUGGGUAACUGCUUAGCCAAAUAGCUACUACACACUUAUCUUCAAAUUAUCUUUAAGAAGAAAAUAGGAUGAGGGACUGACUGAUUUAAGGAGUAAGAGACAGAGCCAGGCUUUCAUAAAAUGUGUGGGCCCAUGACUGUUUAAAACAUUUUUCACUGUAAAGAAAACUGUGGUUCAGGAAUUUCUUUUGGGAUUAUAGAAUCCUAGAAGAGUCUUUCAGUGUCCUAGACUGGCCCCCAGCCAGCAUGAUCAGCAGAUGGUAACAAGUAUGGUUACUCAGCCUCAUCUCCAGCUCCAUCUGUAACCCCUAGUGCCACUAUGGAAACUUCCGUAUCUUCAGACAGGAGGUAAUAGACUAAGAUGAUAAUGGGACGGAGAAUAUUAGUUACAGGGGAAGAGAUAUCAAAAGGAAUUUAGCAGCAAAACCCUCUUGUCUUAUUAGAACUGUCGUCUAUACCAUUGCUACUGCCCGGAGCUCUUUGGACCCCGUCUCAUCAGGACCAUUUCGGCCCAGAGGUUUGUCCUAUUAAAAUAAGAUUCUAUCGCUUGAGGAUUAGAUUAGAUUAGACUUGGUCCAAAGAGACUCCAGUUUUCAGUAACCAGCUGAAAGAUGUUAUGUAUAAGUUGACUUCCUGCCCUGGUUCCCAGCAAAGCAAACCGUCAGAGUUACAGAAAUGGCAGUUGUCGCUGGCAUUGUUAGUAGUAGUCAUAGUAAUAAAGACAAGAGUUGAAGUGGCAUCCUGGAGAAACUUGCUGUACCCCUCAGUUUAUUGAUAUUUACUGAAACACCUCCAAGGAAAGGGGGAGAGGAGUAUCACCUCUCUUAAAAUAAAGAACAUUUUAGGAAAAGCUUCAUUGAAUUAUAGUGGUGUUGAAAUGCCUCCCAACAUUUAUAUUGCAAAUUAAGCAAGCUACUGUUCAUCAGAAAUGAUCAUUUUCCCCAUUACUAACUCAAUUGUUGGAUGUUAAAUUUCUUGAGGGGACAUUAUAGUAAUUUUAUAAAGAUCAAAUCAUUCCCAAAAUUCCUCGUUUUCAAGUGCCUGAGUUGAGGGGUGGGGAGAACAACCAAAAAUAACCUCUGUUUUAGUCAAAUGUAAUAAGAAGAUUAUAGAAGAAUAAAGUUUAUAACCAAAAUAUUGUAAGCCCUAUGCUCUCUAUGUAUGGGCAAAUGACAACCAUGACUCAUUUGACAAAAAAUGAUAAUUUACAAACACAAUAUGAAUUUCAAAUUGAAAAGCAAAUAUGAUAUAUUCCUGAUGUUAUUUUAGUAUCCUAUGGUUAAAAAGCAGAAGUAAACCAGUCAUGAAAAUGAGUAUAUGCCAAGGACCUGAAAGAAAUGACUAGCUAAAAGAAAUCAGGCUGUAGAUGAGUAUUGUAUUAAUUUGAAUAAAAAUGAAACUAG